AUGUCUUGGAAGGCUUCGACUCAUCGUCCGUGGUCCCCGGGGUAUGACAUCCCACUGAGCAGCAAAACGCUGACGGCGACCCACAACAGCUUCUCCCACGACAGGAACAUCUCCACGCACGCCAACUUUGAGGUGGUGACGGCCCAGGUGUACAGCAUGACGGACCAGCUCUCUUGCCUCGGCGUGAGGGGACUCGAGAUUGACCUCCACUACAUCGACGAACUUGCCGUGGAGGGGGACGAGGAGUCGGCCAUCCGGAUGUGCCACGCCUCGGAGGACGUGGCCGAGCAGAUGGUGGACCUCUGCGAGACAUUCGGGUGGGACGUGUGCGAGGCCGCCGACAUCUUCGACUACGACGAGGACACCGGGUGCCGCCCCGGGGCGCCGACGGCAAGGGCGGGUUUCGAGGAGGUGGCGUCUUGGCUCUUUCUCGAGGAGAACGCGAACGAAGUGCUGUUCCUGAAGCUGGACAGCUCUCUAAACGACGAGGAUGAGACGGUCUCCACGAUCGUGUCGGACGUGUUCGGCGAGGAUGUGAUUUUCUCGCCGACGGACUGGGAGGAGUUCAGCGGCAGCGACGACUGGCCGUCUCCGGCGGAGCUAGUGGCCAUGGGGACUCGUGUCAUCAUCGCCGGUUCGGAGUCGUCCACGCUGGUCUUCAGCACCGACUCCGACGCUGUAGAGGUGCUUAUUUCGGCCGAAGACUUCGACACGAGCGAGUGCGCGGAUGUAGAGGGCUUCCCGGAGCCAUCUUGGUAUCGAGUCCAGGGAGACAUGGUGGAGUAUCGCCUGGACAGGGCCAACAGCACGAUCUUCGAGCUCGUCCCUGGCAGCGAUGAGGCCCUCACGUCUUCCAUGACGGACAACGUCAUGAACUGCGGCUUCACGCCGACUUUCGACAGGCUUGACGCCGACCUAAUGGAGUCGACGAUUUGGUCGUGGGACACGGAUAGGCCGGAGACGGGUUUCGACUUGCCCCGGGCGGCGGUGAUUUCGUCCGACGGGGGGAGGUGGACGGACGUCGAGACCGACAGCGAUUCGGGCGAAAGACACUCCUUCGCGUGCCGCAACUCAGGUACGGUGAUUUUCCCUUCGGGCGUUCGUUUUACUCAUGGUCAAACGGUGUAGUUGUAGUUGUGUUGUCCCGUCAAUGUCUCCCUACCUGGUUACGGGUUGUUCACAAUCGUGAGUCUCGUGUCACUGGUCACUGGUUUCGUUGUGGUUGUGGUUGUAGGUAGGUUUCGACUGUUUGGUGAUACAUCCCCCUACAUGAGUGGAAUUACAUUUACCUACGUUUUGGUACGCUCCUUGUGUACGUGCGUAGCGUAGCUCAAGCAGAACAAGCUGUGCGGUCGUUCUUGGACGAACCUUCUC